GUUUAAUGUCUGCCGUUACAUCACAAUUCUGAAACGCAUUCAUUAUUCAUUUAGGAAGUAGAGCUAAAGUACCGCUGAUCUAAUAAUAUAUAUAUAUAUAUAUAAGGAUAAUGGACGAUCGAGAGCUUGACCUUACUGAGGCGCAAAAGGCAAUAAAGGCCAAGUAUCCAGCUAUCAACAAGAAAUAUGAAUAUCUGGAUCACACUGCAGAUGUCCAGCUGCACUCCUGGGGUAACUCAUUGGAGGAAGCAUUCGAGCAGACUGCCAUGGCCAUGUUUGGCUAUAUGACGGAUACGGAGACGGUAGAACCCAUCGAUACCAUAGAAGUCGAAUCGGAAGGUGAAGACCUGGAAUCGCUUCUCUUUCAUUUCUUAGAUGACUGGCUCUUCAAGUUCAGCGCUGACAUGUUUUUCAUCCCUCGGGAGGUGAAAGUUCUACAUUUGGAUCGGACGCGCUUCAGAAUUCGUUCCAUAGGUUGGGGAGAGGAGUUCAGCCUGUCCAAACACCCCCAGGGUACCGAAGUGAAAGCUAUUACCUAUUCGGCGAUGCAGAUACACGACAAAGAGAAGCCAGAGGUUUUCGUCAUCAUCGACAUAUGAGAAACCCAAAAGUAGUUUUUGUUUUGCUGUGUGAACUGCUGUAAAAAAUUGAUGAGAAUAACACAGCUCCUGUCUUUUUCGUAAGUCUCCAGAGGGUGUGUGUAUAUUAUAAGGGAAAAUGGUGGCUCAAGUGGAUAAGUUUUGGUUGUUGUUCUGAUCAGUUAAUCAGAAGAUCGGGGUUCAAGCCCCAGCACUACAAAGCUGCCACUGUUGGGCGCUAUAUCAUGACUGACCCUGUGCUCUGACCCUGUGCUCUGACCCCAACCUCAAAAGUUGUGAUGUGUGAAGAAAAACUUUCACUGUUCUGUAUAAAGGCUGCUUUCUAUUCUAUUGUAUGAACCACCACAACAAGGACAAACAUGCCUCAGGACAAACAUGCCUCAGCUAAUGUUUAAUACAGAUGGUUGCACCGAAUGUUGAAAGUCUACAGCUUUUUUUUGUGUGUGUGUUUUGCAGAUUUUAAUUAAGUUAAAUUAUUGAGUUUUAACAAAAUAUUCACAUCGAAAUGUAACCGUAGGUCUUUGUUCAACAAGCGAUGCUGCUCGCUACGGAGAACAAUACCACUACUAUACUGAAUGUUUAUUGGUCAAGGACAUUUUAAUAAAUGGAGCUAAAAAAUAAAAUCGCUGGUGAACUUGA